AUGAUUAGAACAACUACUACAAGAACUAUCAACCGUACAGCCAUGUUGCUGAAACACAUUCGUGGGUUUUCCAGUACCGCUUCAAUUUUAGAUAAGAUCAAAGUGAAAAACCCCAUUGUCGAAUUGGACGGGGAUGAAAUGACUCGUAUUAUUUGGCAAAAAAUCAAAGAUCAAUUGAUCUUGCCGUACUUGGAUGUCAACUUGAAAUAUUAUGAUUUAGGAAUUGAGUCUCGUGAUGCCACUAACGACCAGAUCACCAUUGAUGCGGCAAACGCAAUUAAAGAACAUGGUGUCGGUGUCAAAUGUGCAACAAUCACCCCCGACGAAGCUAGAGUCAAGGAAUUCAACUUGAAGAAAAUGUGGCUUUCUCCAAAUGGUACUAUUAGAAAUAUUCUUGGUGGUACUGUAUUUAGAGAAUCAAUUAUUAUCCCAUGCAUUCCAAGAUUGAUUCCUGGAUGGAAAGAACCAAUUGUUAUAGGUAGACAUGCCUUUGGGGAUCAAUAUAAAGCUACUGAUUUAGUCAUUACUGAGCCAGGUAAAUUGGAAUUGAGAUUCACUCCAGCCAGUGGUGGGGAAACCCAAACUCAUAAGGUCUACGAUUACACCGGUCCCGGGGUCGGAUUAGCCAUGUAUAACACCGACGAGUCUAUUAGUGGCUUUGCUCGUGCCUCCUUCAACAUGGCAUUGUCCAAGAACUUGCCAUUGUACAUGUCAACCAAGAACACUAUUUUGAAAAAAUACGAUGGUAGAUUUAAGGACAUUUUCCAAGACAUUUAUGAAAAUGAAUAUGCCAGCGAAUUUGAAAAGAAGGGGUUGUGGUAUGAACACAGAUUGAUUGACGAUAUGGUUGCUCAAAUGAUCAAGUCCAAAGGUGGAUUUGUUAUGGCAUUAAAGAAUUAUGAUGGUGAUGUUCAAUCGGAUAUUGUUGCUCAAGGUUUUGGAUCAUUAGGUUUAAUGACAUCUGCAUUGAUGACUCCAGAUGGCAAAGCUUAUGAAGCUGAAGCUGCCCACGGUACCGUCACCAGACACUACAGACAACACCAACAGGGUAAAGAGACCUCCACCAACUCAAUUGCAUCCAUAUUUGCCUGGACAAGAGGAUUGGCCCAAAGAGGUAGAUUGGACGAGACACCAGAAGUCGUUGACUUUGCAAACACACUUGAAAAAGCCACCAUUGACACUGUUGAAGUAGAUCGUAUCAUGACCAAAGAUUUAGCUUUGGCCAUGGGUAAAACCGACAGAUCCGCAUAUGUUACCACUACUGAGUUUUUGGAUGCUGUUGCUGAUAGAUUGAAGAAAUAA